AGUGUUAAAAAAAUGUGUAGAUGUUGGACUUGGGGACAUGGUUUAGUGGGAUACCUGGCAGUGCAGGGUUAAUUGGUUGCACUUAUUGGUCUUAGAGGACUUUUCCGACCUUAAUGAGUCUGUUAUUUUAAAUUUGAAGUCCCUGCAGUGCCAUCUCCUUUCCCUGCCAUUCACCUCUGGCUCAACCAGCCCCUCACACACCAUCCCCCACUGCCUGAACCUGGAUGGAGUCUUGGGACACUGAGCAGCGUGGAGGUCUACAAGGGCAGCCUGUUAGCAGGGGAGAUCACGGGCAUGGGUAAAUGCUCCAUGAGCCUGGAGGCCUCGAAGAAGCAUUACAGAUGAAGACCAUCAUUCUUUUGUGUGGCAUCCUCCUCUGUCAGGGGGCUUUGAGCAGUAAUUACGCUGAUAAUAGCCUGGCUGGGAGAGGGUGCAGUUGCUUAGUUUACCACUGUGUCCCUGUCAUGGUAAUGGUUACAACCUGCUGCUCACCCCCUAAAGGUACUGUGGAGGGGAGAUGCUUUUGACUUGUGACUCCUUUGCAACUCCACCCUGUGAUUGCCAUGUAGGCUUGAUGUUCCAAGGUGGCAGUUCUUCCCCACAUCCCCCUCCCAGCUCAGUAGCCCUGUUCCCAGCGAGCCAAUGGCCAGGUGGCCCCGCGCAUUAGCCUGACCUGUCAUCCCACUGAUUCCCUCCUGGCUAAUCCUGGCUGAGCUGGGCUGGGGCGAGCAGGGCUCAGCUGUCAGCCAUGGCUGCGCACACCCCGCUGCCCCCCAACCUGCGCCGGGGCUUGGUGGCGUUCAGCGGCUCCCUCUUCAUCACCAAUAAGACACAGGAUAGCGGCACUGCCCACAUCUACCAGCCAGCCCACGAGGUGCUGGCCAGCCUGCCCCUCCAGGUGAUGCUCUACUUCAACGUCUACUACUUCCCCGUCUGGUGCCUGGCUGAGGGAAUGAUGCUGCAGCUGAAGUACCACCUCCUGCCUUGGCACUACCAGUUCCUUCUGGUCACAGCCUUCCUCAUUCUCUCGCUGGCUGAGGGCUCCCGACUCUACCUGGGCUACCUGGGCAAUCUCCAGGAGAAGGUGCCUGAGCUGGCUGGGUUCCUGCUACUCUCCUUCCUGAUCCAGCUGCCCCUCCUGCUCUUCCUGCUGACAGACAGCCAGGUCAUUCACUUGCCACUGGAGAUGCCCAUGCACAGCCUGUUCCUGGCCUUCCUCCUCGCCGAGAUUGUGGCUGCCUUCCUGGCGCUGAAGACCAUGACCAAGCAGCUGGCGGCACAGUUCUACCUGCAGCAUUUCCAGGAGGGCAGGAGGGGCCGGCCAGGGGGCACAGGGGGGCAGGCAGCUGAGGUGGGGUGAUGCUGCAGGACCCCUCCAAACCAUGCAGUCAGUUCCGGUAGGGAGCAUUAAAUGGUGCUUGAACCCACAGAUACUGUGUUUUUGAGCCUUGUGGAGUUCAGAGAGCAGUCCCUGGGCACAGACCCGGACAAACCCUGCCCUGCACCAGGCUGAUACAGCCCGAGGCAGGUGGGAAUGAGGGAUCAGCCCCUCUGAAACACUCCGGCUUGCCCCAGGGCUGUGCCUGUCUUUGCUGAGCAUCAGCCCUGGCAGGAGGGAGGAAC